AUGGCGGAGCCGGCAGGGCCCUUCCACCUGCUGCGGGCAGCGCCGGGACGGUUCCUCUGCUACUGCCGCCCCGGCCUCGGUGAAACCGUCUACGUCACCGACGCGCUGGAAGUCUGGGCCGGGGAGCUCGGCGGCCGCCCGCCGCUCGGCUGCCGGUGCCUGCCCCGGGAGCACGGCACGAAGCUGAGGUGGGUGCCCAGCCGCGGGGAGCGGACCCUCGGCCCGGGGCCCUCCUCAUCCCCGCUUCGCCCCCGCAGGGAAGCCCUGGAGCGAGGAACCGCCGAGCUGAGCCUGAGCGAGGGGAAGGCCACGCUGCAGCCCCGGGAGGGCGGCUGGUGCUCGGCGCUGGAGCUCUUCAAGCUGCCUGUGGCCGAGGCGAGGAGCCAGCUCCAGGCGCUGGUGUUCGGCAUGGCGGGACGCGUCGAGAGCCUGGAGAGACGCUUGGAAGCGAUGGAGACGUUGGCAUCUUCUGGUAGCCCUGCAAAGAACACUGCCCGGAACCAGCAGCUCUUGCUGCCAGACCCCAGCCCCAGGAAGAACAGGAGUGCUGACUCAGCUUUGCCAGCUAAGAGGAGGAUCCCAGGAGAGUCUCUCAUUAACCCUGGCUUCAAAAGCAAGAAGACAGCAGCUGGAGUGGAUUUUGAGGACUCCUGAUCUGUGCUGUUCCCUGAUGACAUCCCCACCAGAGCCUCAUCACCACGUCUGUGGCUACUGGAGGAGGUCUGGCUGCACCAUGGAGCCUUGUGGAGCCCCUUGUGCCUGGGCCUGUGGAUGAAACAAGUUAGGACCCAGAGGGCUGGAGCCAGGGCCUGGCAGGCCUGGGUGGGCAGCAGAUCCUCAGCUGGUGGCAGGGCUCUUGCUGUGGGCCAGGGCAGGGAUGACAGAAGUGGUGGCUUUUGUCCCUGCUGGCUGGGGCCACCUCUGCCUCCCGCUGAGCCCUUGGAGCUUUUAAAGACCUUCCUGUUGCCACCUGACAGAGUGCCUGUGCCUGACUUAUGCCUGGGCUCAGCCAGCUGGGCACGAAAGAGCUGUGCCAGUCUUCUGUUUCCCUUGCUCAGGAGCCUUGUGGUCUGUUUCAGCUGAACUCAGAGGUGGGGGCUUAGAGUCUGCAA